CUAAAUCACCAUUUCCAUAUCGCCAUUCAUAAUUACAGCAGCAAAUACAAAAAACAGAGUGUGAAUUUUUGCAUCAGAAAUCAGCACCAAUCAAUGGCGCGUACAAAGCAGACGGCGAGAAAGUCCACCGGCGGCAAGGCACCACGGAAGCAGCUGGCGACGAAGGCGGCGAGGAAGUCUGCUCCGGCCACCGGAGGAGUGAAGAAGCCCCACCGUUUCCGUCCGGGAACUGUGGCCCUUCGUGAGAUCAGGAAGUACCAGAAGAGCACGGAGCUGCUGAUCAGGAAGCUGCCAUUUCAGAGGCUAGUGAGGGAGAUUGCGCAGGAUUUCAAGACGGAUCUCCGCUUCCAGAGCUCCGCUGUGGCGGCGCUGCAGGAGGCGGCGGAGGCUUAUCUGGUGGGUCUGUUCGAGGAUACGAACUUGUGCGCAAUUCAUGCUAAGAGGGUUACUAUUAUGCCCAAGGACAUUCAAUUGGCUAGGAGAAUUCGUGGGGAGAGGGCUUAAGAUUUCACCACUGGUUUUAAUUUCUGAAUUUCUGAUUUGAAUGUUUGUAGUCUACGAAUUAGGGUUUUGGAUGUUGAUUUGGGGAUUUUUGCUGGUUGAAUGAAAGUUUGGAUGUAAAUUCUAAUCCCGAUUGAAUGAUUAGUUGGAAAAAAAAUAUCAUGUUCUAUUGAAUUAUUAGCUUCUCUCA